AUGUGGAGGAACAAAGUGCCGUUUCUUGUAUCCGUAUUUUGGUUGAUCUUUUUAACGAAUGAAGCUCAAACACAAAUCGUUGAUCGCCCUAACGUGCUGCUGAUCAUUUUGGAUGACUUCCGACCGGCUAUCAACUAUGGUUAUGGCGAUGAGAAAGCCAUCACACCGAACAUAGAUCAGAUUGUUAAGAAUGGGUACUUUUUUGAAAAUGCCUUCGCGCAGCAAUCGCUAUGUGCGCCAAGUCGUAAUUCGAUGCUUACGGGAAGACGACCGGAUACGGUGCGCUUGUACGACUUCUAUAGUUACUGGCGCCAAACAGCCGGCAAUUACACCACUCUGCCACAGUACUUCAAACAGCAAGGCUAUCGUACACACUCCGUCGGUAAAGUGUUCCAUCCCGGAGCAUCAUCCAACUUCACGGAUGAUUUUCCCUUGAGUUGGUCCGCACCUGCGUACCAUCCAUCGAGUGAUGAGUUUUCCAAUGCUGCCGUCUGCAUUAAUCUCGACGAUGGGCAAUUGAAAAGAAAUCUUUUGUGUCCCGUGGUGCCCGAAAUGCAACCGCUCCACACUCUACCGGAUAUCGAGAGUACCGAGGAAGCGAAACGGUUUCUGCAAACCGUCGGCAACGAUCCAUACUUCCUAGCCGUAGGCUAUCGAAAACCCCACAUUCCAUUCCGCAUUCCGCUAAAGUAUCUUGAUCAGCAUCCGGUAUCGAAGUUUAAAACGCUUGAUCUAGAUUAUCCACCAUACGGCUUGCCCAGUGUCGCUUGGAGCUCCUUCCUUGACGUGCGUAAUCGUGAUGAUGUUCAGCAGCUUAACGUCAGUUUUCCUUUUGGGCGAGUUCCGGACGAUUUCAAGCUACAAAUACGCCAACACUACUAUGCCGCCGUCACGUAUGUGGAUGAAUUGAUCGGACAGCUGCUGAAGGAUGUCGACCGGAGCCGGACGAUCAUUGCGCUAACGGCUGAUCAUGGUUGGGCAUUGGGAGAACAUGGCGAGUGGGCAAAGUAUAGCAAUUAUGAUGUAGCAGUGCGUGUUCCGCUUGUGAUUAAUGCUCCAGCACUGCAAGUGCGCAACGAUCGCCAGAAGAUUGAGAAUGUCGUUGAACUGCUGGAUCUUUAUUCGACGCUAGUAGAUCUUGCGGGACUUCCACCUGUGAAAACGUGUGAUGUGCAUAGACCACACAAAGCUACGACAUGCACGGAAGGAAAAUCUCUUCUACCUCUUUUGCUAUCCAACUCUUCCGAGUACAUUGAUGAUCAUGAAUGGACCGCUUAUAGCCAGUAUCCUCGGCCGGGGGUAUAUCCCUCAAUCAAUCCAAACAGUGACGAACCGAAGCUGAAGCACAUCAAGAUUAUGGGAUACAGCAUGCGCACGGAACGUUUCCGUUACACCGCAUGGAUAAGGUUUAAUCCAGCUUACUUCAGAAGAGACUGGAGCACAAUAUACGGUGAAGAACUGUAUGACCAUACCAUCGACCCUCAAGAAAACAUGAAUCUCAGCGAUCGAACACCACUAAUGACCGUAAAGGAUGCUCUCCGAAUGAAGCUGAAGGAAAAGUUUCCAUAA